AUGGGCAAGGUAUUCGAUGCGGCCGAGGUCGCAAAACACAACUCAAAAGAGAGUUGCUGGGUAAUUCUCUACGGAAAAGUAUACGAUGUCACAGAUUUUCUCUCAGAGCACCCCGGUGGUUCCAAGAUCAUUCUCAAACUUUCGGGUCAGGAUGCCACCGAGGAGUAUGAUCCAAUCCACCCUCCCGGCAUUCUAGAAGAGAAUCUUAAGCCGGAGGCAUUCCUUGGGACCGUUGAUGCGGCCACAUUACCGAAGCCGCAGGCUGAUGCGACCCCGUCCCAAGAGGAAGACAAGGAGGAGGCGGUUCCGAUGGAAGCUCUCCUUAACAUGGACGAUAUCGAACAGCUGGCCACCAAGAAGGUCAGCAAAAAGGCAUGGGCUUACUACUAUUCCGCAUCCGACGACAAGUUCUCAAAACGUUUCAACACGGAAGUUUAUCGCUCGAUCAUUCUGCGGCCGCGGGUCUUCAUCGAUUGUAUGAAAUGCGACUUGGACAUUUCCGUUCUCGGGCACAAACUUGGGAUCCCCAUCUAUAUUUCUCCCGCCGCCAUGGCACGCCUGGGUAACCCAGCUGGUGAGGCGGGGAUUGCAGAGGCCUGUCGCAGUUUUGGUGGGAUGCAAAUAAUCUCCAACAACGCCUCUAUGACCCCGGAACAAAUAGUCGAAAAUGCCGCCCCCGAUCAGAUUUUCGGAUGGCAGUUGUAUGUGCAGACUGACCGCAAGAAGAGUGAGAUCCAGUUGGCGCGUAUCAAUAGACUCAAAGCAAUCAAGUUCGUGGUACUCACGUUAGAUGCGCCGGUACCUGGAAAGCGCGAAGAUGACGAGCGGGGUAAUGCUACUGGUGGUGCUGGCCAGGGUGAGAGCGGUGUUGGGAAACAACUUUUCCAAGGCACAGACCCGACACUCACCUGGAGAGAUACACUACCCUGGUUGGCCCAACAUACCGAUCUUCCCAUCAUUCUCAAGGGUCUUCAGACCCAUGAAGAUGCGUACAUUGCAUCGCUUCACGGACCUCAGGUCAAGGGCAUCAUCCUUUCGAACCAUGGUGGGCGCGCUCUCGACACUGCCCCUCCUGCAGUACACACCUUGCUAGAAAUCCGGAAAUUCUGCCCCGAGGUCUUUGACAAAGUCGAGGUGUGGAUUGAUGGUGGUAUCCGACGAGGAACAGACGUUGUGAAGGCACUUUGUCUCGGUGCAAAGGCAGUAGGAAUCGGGCGACCCGCUUUAUGGGGUCUGGGAGCUGGGGGUGUUGACGGCGUUAAACGCACAUUACAGAUUUUGGCGGAUGAGACGGCCACCACCAUGCGGCUGCUUGGUGUUGAGCGCGUAGAGCAAUUGGGACCUCAACAUAUCAAUACCCGCGUCGUAGAGCAGCAAAUCUAUGAUGGACCGUCAGGCCUCGAUUCUGUGCGGUCGGUAUACCGUGCCAAGCUUUAG